AUUCAUUAUUUGUAAAUUCGCCGCUUUGACCUCUCUUCUUGCUGCCUUCAUGUUCCUUCGCACCCUGUCUCUCUCUCACAAGUACUUCACACUUGCCAUCUUAGUUUUCGGUUCCUUUACUUCUAAACAAAAGACCACAACUUUACUGAAAUGGAGUUCCUGGUUUCUUGUUUUGGAGACCAGUUCAAGAACCCCACCUCUCUGAAUGCAGUGAGCCGGAUGGCUGAUUUCUGCUCAGUUUCCCUGAGCUUGUUCAAUCCGAGGUUCACAUUGGAAUCAUGAGAUUCAGUGUGUUGGGAUUAGAUACCAAAAUUGAAACCCAAGCUAAGGUAUAGUUAUAGUAUCGCUCUACCGAGUUAGAAAUUUCUUUUCCUGAUGGGGCUAACAACUAUAAAGCCAAAUAAAAUGACCUGUUUGUGAAAGGAGUGCUUUGAUUUUCCAUCCCCUGUUACCUAAUGCGAAUUUUAGUGCAUCGAGCAGAUGGGUUGUAAAGAUUUGUUUUGUUGUUGGGAAAAAUAAAUUAUGGCUAUUGUUGGUGUGCACAAUGUGUCAGUGCUUGACUCUUCUUUCCUUAGGGACUCCUAUUCUCAAUCAUCGAGUAGGCGUGCAGAUGGAGGGAGGUCAUCUUCACUUUUGCAGAUAUGGCAAGAGAUCGAGGAUGAGCAUGAGGUGAGUCGUCAAGCUCAACCAAGCACUGAUGGUUUCAUUGGUGAACAGAGGCAUGUUCUAGUCUUGGGUGGGAACGAGACUUGGCCCCAAUCACAAGGCCAAAAUGGAUCUCGUGAUAAGCAAGACGAGUUAAACAGUUCUGGCUGUGAAAACUCUUCUGAUCUUGGAGAUCUUGAAAGGGAAAGAGUAAGGAAAAUCUUUAGAGAAUGGAUGAACAGUGGCGCUAGAGAUAAUGCGUCCAGCAUCUCCAUCAGAAGCAACAGGUCAAGGGUCGAGUGGCUUGGCGAAACAGAGCAGGAGAGGGUAAGAAUCAUAAGAGAGUGGGUACAGAUGAGUAUCAAGCAGGACAGUAGAGAAGGGCAAUCUGCAGAAAUUGAACGUGUUCGUGAUGGGCUUGUUAUAACUAAAAAUGAAGGCCAGAGUGAUCAAACUCGUCGAGGGAUUCGCAGAUUAUGUGGCAGACAGGUUUUGCUUGAUAUGCUAAACAAGGCUGAGAGAGAAAGACAGAGAGAAGUUCAGGAGUUGUCAGGCCAUCGGGCUGUAUCUCAUUUUCCCCAUCGCAAUCGCAUUCAGGCAUUGCUAAGAGGCAGGUUUCUGAGAAAUGAUAGAGUUGCUGAUAAAAAAAGGACCACUUCUGUCUCGGACAGUGAAUUAGGCCUAUUGAGGCAAAAGCAGACUGUAUCAGGUUUAAGGGAAGGAUUUUUCUCAGAAAGAAUGUUUCUGGUAGCAGUUUAGAAAGCAACAAUUUACCUGAUAACUCAUCAAACAGUAACACCGAUGAAACCAGCAGUUCACAAAGUUUCCCAAAUGUGCAUUCCAAACUAUCUGAAC